AUGUCGAGUCAUACAACUCAAUCGCAGGUGCGAAGGUCUAUCCAUGGAGCGAAACGCUCCCGGAUGAUGACCAGUUCGACUGGUGUUCCAUAUGUAAAAGUGAUUGAGCAAGCAAGAGAUGAACAGGCACUAGAAGAAUAUAGACGGGAACAAGUCACUGAUGUACAUCAAAUAUCCCUAUUUGAUUUGUGUACACGAUAUACCACAGACCUUGAAAAAGGUUUAACACAACAAAAGGCUGAUGCUCUGCUCAUGCAAAGUGGACCGAAUUGUUUGACUCCACCAACUCAAAUUUCAACUUGCCGUCUUUUAAUAAACAAUCUAUUUGGGGGAUUUGCUAUGUUAAUAUGGGCUGCGAUUAUUCUUAUAAGCAUUUUAAUAAUAAUAAAUGUGGUCAAUGCAAAAGGUGAAAUAGAGCAAGAAACUUUGAGUCAUUUCUAUUUGGCAGCCAUACUUUUAGUUGUAAUGAUGGGCCCUCAAUCCUAUGUAAUACGUGAUGGUCAUUUAAAAUUAAUACCAACGGAUGAAAUUGUUAUAGGUGAUUUAGUAUAUGUGAAUAUUGGCUCAAAAGUUCCAGCUGACAUGCGACUUACAACCUGCGAUGGUUUAAAAGUUGAUAAUAGUGCACUAACGGGUGAAAGUAAAGCACUAACGCGCUCGACAACUUGUACAAGCGAUAGUAUUUUAGAAACUGAGAAUAUAAUAUUCAGUUCAGCAAAUGUUGUAGAAGGUUCUGGUAAAGGAAUUGUAUUUUUCACGGGUGAUAAAACAUAUAUUGGUAAAAUCGCUGGAUUAACAUCUUGUAUGAAACCAGAACCAACACCAAUUCGUAAAGAAAUUAGCCACUUUGUAUUUGUUAUAAGUGUUGCGGCUUUGGCACUUAGUGGAAUAAUAAGUAUUAUUUAUAUUAUUUAUUCGAAAGGGAAUUUUCUUGAGGCGUUUCUUUUAUUUAUUGGUUUAGUGGUCGCUAAUAUACCGGAAGGAUUAUUAGUGACUAUGACCGCAUGUUUAACGUUAACCGCAAAAGUACUCGCUAAGAAAAUGUGUUUGUGUAAAAAAUUAGAUUCAAUUGAAACACUGGGAUCAACAAGUAUUGUACUAUCUGAUAAAACAGGUACUCUAACUCAAAAUAAGAUGACAGUCAUUCAUGUAUGGAUAAAUAAUGUGAUAUUAGUAGCUGAUACCACAGGUUUACCAGGUGUUGAUAUAGGCUUUGAUGUAACUAAUGUUGAUUUUUUAACAUUAGCGAAUACCGCAAGUUUAUGUAGUGUAGCAGAAUUUUUACCAGACCAAGAAAAUAUACCCAUACCAAACCGUAAAGUAAAAGGUGAUGCGAGUGAAACGGCUUUGUUGAAAUUUAUCACACGAUGUUUAGGUGAAAACGCUGUCACAAAUAUUCGUGCUGAAUUUCCAAAAGUUUUUAGCAUACCAUUCAAUUCACAAAUAAAGUAUGCAUUAAGUAUACAUCACAUAAUUGAAGAUGAUUUUUAUUUAAUUGCCAUGAAAGGUGCACCGGAAGUGAUUUUAAAUGUAUGUAGUACUAUUCAAUUAUCCGGUGUUGAUGUACCAUUCGUAGAUGAAGAAAAUGGUAUUGAUUAUAAGCUAUUAUUAAAGGAUGCUAUUUCUGAUUUUGGUUUAAGCGGCGAACGUGUUAUUGCAUUUGCAAACUGUAAGCUACCGCGUGAAGAAUAUCCCCCAAAUAAAUUCAUUUUCAAUCGUGAUAAUUAUCCAAAAACAAAUUAUAAAUUUUGUGGUUUAAUGGCUUUAAUGGAUCCACCUAGAGCUACAGUUUAUGGGGCUAUUGAACGAUGUAAAUCGGCUGGGAUACGUGUCGUAAUGGUCACUGGAGAUCACCCGGAAACAGCUGGUGCAAUUGCUAAAAAAGUUGGAAUUUUUUCACCAACAAGUUUAACAAAAUAUGAUCUAGCUAAACAAAUGAAAAUGUCUGGUGGAAAUUUAGGUGUUGCAACUGAUAGAAGGCACUCAGCUGAUUGUAAUGCUGUUAUAUUAACUGGUCCUGAAAUUCGUGAAAUGAGCACAAUUGAUUUAGUUAAUACGUUUCAUAUAUAUGAAGAAAUUAUUUUUGCUAGAACAACACCACAACAAAAAUUAAAAAUUGUUGAAGCAGCCCAAUUGACAGGAGCCAUUGUGGCAGUCACUGGUGAUGGUGUAAACGAUGCACCUGCAAUGAAACGUGCGGAUAUUGGUAUUGCGAUGGGAAUCACUGGAACAGAGGUAGCAAAAGAAGCAGCAAAUAUGAUUCUGUUAGAUGAUAAUUUUGCAUCAAUUAUAAAUGGGAUCGAACAAGGGCGUUUAGUUUUUGAUAAUUUUAAGAAGAGCAUAGCGUUUAUUUUAACAUCAAGUAUGCCAGAAAUGACACCGUAUGUGUUUCAUAUAUUGUUACAAAUACCACUUCCUUUGCAUUUGCUAGGGAUCAUUUGUUUAGAUUUUAUUACUGAUUUAUGGCCGGGUAUUAGUUUAGCUUAUGAAAAAGCUGAACGUGAUAUUAUGAAUUUACCACCCAGAAAUAUCAAAGUUGAUCGAUUAAUUAAUGCUCGUAUGAUUUUUAUGACAUAUGGGCAAAUGGGUGUUAUACAAUCAUUCGCUGGUUUCACAAAUUAUUUAUUGGUUUAUGCUCAUCAUGGAUUUCUGCCAAAUGAUAUGCUCGGAAUUGGAUAUGACUUUAAUUCAAAAAAAGUGGAAUAUGUUACAGAUUCGAAUGGUCAGAAAUGGAAAUUUGAUGAUCGAGAAAAAUUGUAUCAGUACGGGGUAACUGCGUUUUACGUAGCAAUAUUACUUACACAAAUGGCGGACUUAAUAAUUUGCAAGACUCGCCGAAAUUCACUUUUUAAACAGGGGUUUUCUAAUUGGUGUUUAAACAUUGCUAUUUUCGUGGAAUUAUUGGUUUCUGGUAUUAUAAUUUAUACACCUGGUUUAUAUCGGAUUUUUAGCUUCCAUCCUAUCAGUUGGAUAUUUUGGGUAAUACCAUUACCAUAUUGUGUUUUUAUAAUUGUAUUUGACGAAAUACGCAAAUAUCUUAUACGACGUAAACCUGGUGGCUAUGUUGAACGAUUUACUGCGUAUUAG